AUGCCUACAUCACAGCUGCCUUCUUACUGGGAGGAAGCCAACUUUAAGGCGUCGCUGGAAGAUCCAGCGCAGGAAUGUCUCCCAGUAUAUUCUGAAAGCAUAAAUGCCCAAGUGGCGCCAACCUCGUCUGAACAGUCCUCGCGACUCACGGUCUCCAAGAUCAAAUCAGCGAUUUGGUCCUUCAUAAAAGGCAAGCCCUACUUGAGACAUAUACAAGCACCACCCCGUAUUCACGCAAGAGAGAUACGUCAACGAGAUGAUGGAAGCGCAAAAGAAGACUGGUCCAUCCCAACAACGAAGAACGACGGGCGUAAAAGGAUCAAAUUGGGAACCGCAGAAGCAUUUAGCAGGAAUCGCCCGACCAGUAUAAACGCCAUAAUACGCGUGGGAAUUGAUUUUAAGAUGGGCAGCUGA